CCCUGUUCCAGCAAGCCAUGGAAAACACGCUGAAAUUGAGGAAUCUGCUCCUUUUAUUACACCGCGCCGCCACCUCUGCAAAAGAAGAAUAACCAAGAGAGAGAGAGAAAAAAAAAGGGAGCAGGGCAAAGAAAUGCAUCAUUUGCCUUUAUUCAAAACCCCUGCCGAAAAAUGCCCCUGAUACGACCAGGCGGCGGCGGAGUCCUGGGCUGGGCAGCGACGGCGGCGGCACGUCGCCACGGACAUCUGAACCUCGGACGCUGCUGCCGACGCUUCUACUCGGCCAGAGUCUCGGACCCGCUGCGAAUCCUCUUUUGCGGCUCCGACGCCUUCAGCUGUGAGUCGCUCCGCGCCCUGGAUGACGUCCGUCGCAGCGAGCCCCGGCUCGUCAAGUCGAUUGACGUCGUCACUCGGCCGCCGAAGCGGACCGGGAGGGGAUUGAAGGUUAUUAGGCGUGCCCCAAUAGAAACACUGGCAACGGACCUGCAGCUACCCGUGCACCCGUUGGACAGUUUCCGCGAGUGGGAGCUUCCCCUUGUGGACGGCGAGGCUAUCAACUUGAUAAUAGCCGUGUCUUUUGGCCUGUUUAUCCCUUCAAGGAUUCUCAAAGCCGUUAAAUACGGCGGACUGAAUCUCCAUCCGUCAUUUCUUCCCGACCUCCGCGGCUCGGCCCCCAUCCAAUGGGCCAUCAUGCUCAGCCGCCAACACACCGGCGUGACUCUGCAGACCCUCGACGACAAGGCCUUCGACAGAGGGCUGAUCCUCUCCCAGACCCCGCGCCCGGGCAUCCCCAUCAUGCCCGAUGCCACCACGGCCGACCUGACGGCCCAGAUGGCCGCUCCGUCCGCGGCAAUGCUGGUUGCCGGCCUCCGCGCGGGCCUUCACGUCCCCCCGCUGUCGCCGCUGUCCGACCACGACGCGCACGCCCCCAAUCCGGGCUUCCACGCCCGCAAGCUGACAAAGCAGGACGCCGAGCUGCGGUGGGACGAGCUGCUGGCCCGGCGCUGGAGCUGCGACGACGUGGGCCGCCGGCACAGGGCCCUGGGUCCGCUCUGGGGUAGGACCGCGUCGUUGGUGGCGCUGUCUGCUGCGUCUAACGGUUUAUCACAACAGCAGCAGCAGCAGCAGCAGCAGCAGCAGCAGCAGCAGAAGCAAAAGAAGAAGCGCAAUGUGCCAACCGAGCCACAGCGAGUUAUCCUGGAAGGCAUCUCGCCGCUACCCGAGGGUCAUUAUUCCGGGUUAGACGAGGCUCGUAUCUGCGAGGCUGUGAAGAAAGUGGUUUCGGGCGAGCCGUCUGCUCCGUCUGCUCCACACGCAAGCGGCGAGAAGCAACCGCCUUUCUCCCAGCCACCACCCCUCAGCCUGCUCGAGGUCGAAUGGGAGAUGGAGCCGAGCGAAGGAGAAGAGGCAGCACGACGUUACAAGACGUACUGGAUUCCUUCAAAUUCUGACAAAAGCAACGGGCGGGCUGUCUGCGUCCUGGUCGUGUUCGUGCAGAAAAACGACGCGUCUGGGCCUGCGCUCGAGUAUACGCCAUGCAGGCUUGGCGUCGAAUCGAUGAAGAUGGAAGGUCAGCCCUCGAGGCCGGCGUUGGAGCUGGUCAGAUACCUUGGGGCUCGGGGUCCGCUGCCGUUGGCUGCAGCGCCGACCAAGUAG